UGUCUCCACAUGCCUCUUUCUUUCCGAGUCCACCAGCCUACCUCUCCCCACUCCUGGCUCCGUCUAUAUAAACCCGCCCCCCUCCUCUCCCGCUCACUUCAUCACACUCUUCUUCAUUUUCCUGCCUUCUCUUCUCCUCUCCAAGUUGCUGCCUCCUCUUCAAUCGAUCCUUCCACGCACGCUGAUCGAUCCAGUUUGAAGCUUGCACACACCAGUUCAACGAUCCAGCUGCUUGGUCGAUCGAUUGGUCGGAUCAAGGGGGGUAGUCAGGAGAGAAGAGAUUGAUUUGAUGGACAUGGCGCACGAGAGAGAGGCGAGCAGCGAGGAGGAGGUGAUGGCCGGCGAGCUGCGGCGCGGGCCGUGGACGGUGGAGGAGGACCUCCUGCUGGUCAACUACGUCGCCACGCACGGCGAGGGCCGCUGGAACUCGCUCGCCCGAUCAGCAGGGCUGAAGCGCACCGGCAAGAGCUGCCGCCUCCGGUGGCUCAACUACCUCCGCCCCGACCUCCGGCGCGGCAACAUCACGCCGCAGGAGCAGCUUCUCAUCCUCGAGCUGCACUCGAGGUGGGGCAACCGCUGGUCCAAGAUCGCGCAGCACCUCCCGGGCCGCACCGACAACGAGAUCAAGAACUACUGGCGCACGCGCGUGCAGAAGCACGCCAAGCAGCUCAAGUGCGACGUCAACAGCCAGCAGUUCAAGGAUGUCAUGCGCUACCUCUGGAUGCCCCGCCUCGUCGAGCGCAUCCAGGCCGCCGCCUCCUCCGCCGCUGCGGGGGAGAUGCAGCUCGCCGCCGCAGACACGCCCCUGUCGUCGUGGCAGAACAGCGCCGACGACGGCCUCUACGCGUCGCCCGAACUGCCCGCCGACGCCUGCUGGCCCGCCGAGUUCAGCGCAACCGCCGCCGGGCAGCUGGCAAACCCCGCCCUCCCGGAGCUGUCGAGCACCACGGCCGGAUCAUCCUCUCCGUCCUCGGACUCUGGCGCGGGGGCACAGCCCCGGCCCGCCCCGGCCCACGGCGCCGAGUGGUUCACCACCGCCUGCGACGCCUCCAGCGCCGCCGCCAUGCACGACACGGGCCUCAUCGCCCAGCAGCAGCAGCAGCAACCGUACCUGCUCGGAGAGACGUCGACGUCCGAGCUCCCGGAGCUCGGCGUUGCUGACUUCGAGAUCGGCAGCUUCGACGUCGAGAGCAUCUGGAGCAUGGACGAAAACUUGUGGUACACGCAGACGCAGGGCCUGUGAACGUCAUUACGGCGGCAUGGAAAUCCACGGCAUCGGCGGUGGACACCCGCGGAUCGACGCAAUCAACCGCCGGGGACGCACACAGCAGAGAAGAGCUAAGGAACGGCUUUGAAGGAGAAUAUUUGGAGGAUUAGAAGAAGAAAGAACUAAUUAUUCCGCUCAAGAUGCAGUUUUUGGACUCCUCCGGGGCUAUUCUACUCCAGUUCUUCUCCGUUUCUUAAUUUAUUUUUCUCGUUUUAAUUUGCUAGGGUAUAUAUGUACAAGUUUAACAAGCUUAGUUUCCCUCAAAAAGUUUAACAAGCUUAGCCGUUGUAGUUUCAAGUUCAUACAUACAUACAUACAGGAUUGUACUUCUAGAAGCGGUAAUAAAAGCAAGGGAGCUCCGACGUCAA